GCUGGAUGUUUUCAGUUUUACGAAGGAUUAUGUGGAUGGAGAAAUUCGAACCAAAGCGUUUCACUCUGGAAACAAGCCGUGAAGUUGGACAUGGCAACCCUUACCAAGCAAGUUAAAUCGUAUGUGCAAAGCAAAGGGAGAAACUCAGAACCAGGUUAUUGAAGAUAGGGAUAUUUUUCCCCGUUUAAUUUUCAUGGCAUUUUAGAUAGAGUCUGUAGUGUUAUGGAAAACAUUGGCACUAGUAUCAAAUAAUUUUUGAUUCACUUCAUGUAUCGCGAGUUUCACGGCUUUACCCUGCACUCAGGUGAUCUUCAAAAUGACCCUUAAAGGAGCUGUGACGUCUUGGCUGUCUUAGUUCCAGUUGUCAAUGUUGCCAAAUACAUGUCUUUAUUCUUAAUGGAACUUAAUUUAAGCAAAUAAAUUACUUGCAAAUGACAAAAUCACCACUGCUUCAUGUCAAACAACUGAUUUGUCCUCAAAACAUUAUAUCAAAAGUUACAGACAAGGAGAAUGAACUUUGAAGAACUGUUAGGUUAACAAAUGUGAAAAAACCUCAAUUGCAAUCCGUUACAGUCUUCUUCAAAUUUUUUCCAGCCGUGCCUCCUUUUGUGCUUGCUGUGUUAUUUAUACCUUCUUUCACCGCUUUGAGCUGUUAUAUUUAUGUUUCAUCCAAUUUGGUGGCGGUUAAUUCACUGUUUGAAUUUGGAUAAAUUUGGUGACACAGCUUAUUUAUGUCGACGUUAUCCCUCUAUAGACUUUUUAAAGGACAGUAACUACCAACUGGACUUCGUUGAAAAUCACAAUGGACAUGUCAACAUAACUGAUCUUCCAGAUCUCGUUGCUUUCACGAUCUGUUUCUGGAUGAAGACUUCCGAUAGUACGAGUGCAGGGACUCCCAUAUGGUACAGAGUCCGAUAUGAAACUAAAGGAAAAUACAUCACUGCUAUUGCACUUGUGGACUAUCGAGGAUUCUAUGUUUAUAUUGGCGAGUCGAGGUCGUAAGUUAACCUAAUUUAUUUUUAUUUGGUCUCUUCUUAACGUGUAGGGCAAUGUUCAUCUUAUUUGUUUUUAUCGUCCACAAAAUAUCGCAAUAAUGAUAAUGGUCAAUGGUUUCUUGUAACACAUGGCGUUAAUAACAUUUUACCUUUUUACUAGGACAAAAACUAACUCGGCUGCAAAUGAUGGCUAUUGGCAUCAUAUUUGUUUGGUAUGGACUUCUCAAGGCGGAAAAGUUACUGUUCUUAACGACCUGUCAAUACUUUCAGGAACGAAAUUUUCUGAGGGAGAAACGAUUCCUGGUAUGCAAACAGCUGUCAUGCUAUAGAUGUCUUUGUUGGACAAAUUAGAUCGUGAAACUGAAUAACCCGACUUGAUUUACGUAACCUCGUUCGUGCCACGAAUCAGUUAGGGAGACAAUUUGCCACGGGCGUAGAAGGAGGGUGAGACUUGCAGACUGGCAGGAGGUAAACAUUGUAAGAGCUGUGAAAUGCUCUAACAUAUUCCCACUCCUUAAGCUUGCAUGACAAUUAAAAGACUAAAAUUUUAGGAAUAGUGAAUCUGUUAAAACAUUUCACAGCAAUGUUUACCUCGUCUACCACUCUCUACGCCCGUCGUGAAUUGUCUCCCAAUCAGUUAAAGCUCUAAAUUUCACGAUAAAAACUGAAUUAUUAGAAUGUCCUUAUAUCGGAAGUUAAAAAAUAAGAAGUGACUUCUCAGGUGAAGUACCCUUUGAAACAUAAAGUGUCAUAAGUCAGGAGAAAGGAGGUAAACGACGAUGCUUCUAAAAACCUUACUGUCAUUAUUUUCGACAGGAGGAGGUGAGUUUAUUGUUGGCCUGACAAGGGAUCUUGCAAAAGAAGAUCCCAAAGCUGGACAGUUUAUUGGUUUGAUAAGCCAUGUUAAAAUCUUCAACAAAGCCCUUGAUAGAAAGGAUAUGAAGUGGAUGUCACACGGCUGUGGCGAAGACUUUUCGCGUGCUAUUUUCCCCUGGUCGCAGUUUAUCAAUGGUUUGGUUGGGGACGUGAAAGUCGAAAAACCUGCUUUGUGUGCAGAUGGUGAAGGUGACGUACGCAGUGUUUUUUUUUUUAAGUAA